UCCUUCCCUGCGCCGUGCUGAGCUGGAAAAUGGCUGUGUGAGGGAGCAGGGAGUUAAGGACGGGAAAAGAAAGAAAGAGCGAGAGCAAGAAGGCGAAGUAAGAAGUGAACGGAGGGGUUUGCUGGAAGUUCAGUGCACACCGAGGAGGCAUCGUCCGCAGAUAAGGCGCCACACGGACUCUGGUCUCUUAACUUGUUAAAGUAAAGCGCCGCAGCCAAAAGUGAGAAGAGUCAAGAAAUAUCCGCGGGUCGGUCAUAAUCCCUGUCCAGAACAUGUGGGACCCUGAGAGAACUGAAGAGGAUUAAAGACCAUCCCACUCUGCCACUCGUCCUCCAAUCAGACCACUUCAUUUGACCGUGGAGAGCCAACGACACAGGGCCCUCGACUGGCAAAGACUUUUACCCGGCUGCUCCAAUAGCACCCAGCCAGCAGGUUUUCGCUGCUUGAAAGAGCAUGUUGCCAACGCUCUCCCUCUGCUCCAUCAUCUGGCUCAACCGGGGAAUCAAGCUGAGGAAAGUGCACCAGGCCACCAACACCGGUCAGGUCUGAAACCGCUGCAGUCACAGACAUAACAGCAGCAGAACGCUACCUUACCGACUUUUGAAAAUGCUUCUAAGCUUCGGGUGACUCCCCCUCCUCCCCUCAUCCCCCCCCCGACCCCCUCCCUCGAGCCACCCAUCUAACAUCCAACACCAGAAUUUAGUGACUCAACAGCCUUUUUCGGUUUCUGAGGAGGAUUUCUGUAAAGCCGAAGCCUGUUGUUGCAGUAGCACUCGGGCUGCACCAUCUAAUCCUCUAUUUGGUGGCCAUUUUGAUUUUGUUGUCUCCCUAACAAAAUGGCGGCGGAAGGUUUUCAGUACCGUGCCCUCUACGCAUUUACCAAGGACCAGGAAGAGGACCUGGAUCUGCAGCCUGGAGACGUCCUGACAGUCAGCAAGGCCUCUCUGCUGUCCAUGGAGAACUACCAGGAGGGCUGUGAGGAGCAGCCGGAGCACCUGGGCUGGCUCCUCGGGUAUAACGAGCGCACCAAGCAGAGAGGCGACUUCCCUGGGACCUAUGUUGAGUACGUGGGCCCCGUCAAGAUGGUGCUCCCAUCGAGUCAACCCAGGUCCCAGCGGCCACUCCCUGCUGCUCCCAGAUCAGAAUCGUCUCAAGCUGUUUCUGUGCUGGACCUGAGCGAGCAGUUCACACCACCAGAGACGGCUCCCCCAGCUCUCGUCAACCUGAUCCAAGCCAUAGAGAGGAGAGGUCUUGACUUCAAGACAUUGUACAGGACAGCUAGCUCCGUGGGUUCAGACAGCCCAGUCAACAGCCUUAACUCUGAGAGUGACACGGGUCAGAAAGACGUGGGUUACCUCUCCGAGUGUGUCCUGCACUACCUGAGGGACCUCCCGUCACCUGUCAUCCCCGCCUGUGUCUACCCUCACCUUCAAACUGCUGUCACACUGCAGCAGCAGGUCCUACAACAAUCAGCAGAUGGUGCGGUCGCUGGUAGCCACGACAGAGAGGUGAGCCAGGUCCUUGAGAGCUCCACCACCGUCCCUCUCCAUCACCGUCUCACUUUGCAGUACCUCCUCACACACCUGACCAAGGUCACCCAGGUGCAGGCCAGCAAUGGCCUGGACACACACACGCUGGGAAAGAUCUUCGGACCGCUGCUCAUACGGACGGGCCCCUCUACUCCUUGGUUGUCAGUGGAUGAUAAGUUCCCUGCCCUUGUGGUGGAGAGGCUGUUGAUAGAGAGAAUUACAGAGCAAGACCUCACUCCUCCAGUUCUUCCAGCAAAGCCAGUCAAGUCAAAAAUGGCACCAUCAGCCAUGACAGACACAAGCAGCCUGCUUAACGAUGCUGAGUGGUACUGGGGCGAAAUCUCCAGAGAGGAAGUGAAUGAGAAGCUGCGAGACACUCCAGACGGCACCUUCCUGGUCCGAGAUGCCUCAAGUAAACUGGAGGGCGAAUACACUCUCACCCUCAGGAAAGGGGGGAACAACAAGCUCAUAAAGAUUUACCACAGAGACGGGAGGUACGGCUUCUCAGAGCCUCUUACCUUCUUGUCAGUAGUGGAGCUCAUCAAUCACUACCGCCACGAGUCCCUGGCCCAGUACAAUGCCAAGCUGGACACCAAGCUCCUGUACCCCAUCUCCAAAUACCAACAGCUGGUGAAGGAGAACAGUAUAGAGGAGGUGGGAGAGCAGCUGAAGGUCUACCAUGAGCAGUACCAGGAGAAGAGCCGCGAGUACGACUCUCUGUACGAGGAAUACACACGCACUUCACAGGAGCUGCAGAUGAAGCGCACAGCUAUUGAGGCCUUCAACGAGACCAUCAAGAUCUUUGAGGAGCAGUGUGAGACUCAGGAGCGCUACAGCAGAGAGUCAUUGGAGCGGUUCCAACGCGAAGGCAAUGAAAAGGAGAUUCAAAAGAUCCAGAGCAACUCGGAGCGUUUGAAGUCUCGUGUGAAGGAGAUCCACGACAGCAAGCGUAAACUGGAGCAGGACCUGAGACAGCAAGUGUCCGACAACAGAGAGAUCGACAAGAAGAUGAACAGCCUCAAGCCGGAUCUCAUGCAGCUCCGCAAGAUCAGAGACCAGUAUUUGAUAUGGCUGACACAGAAGGGGACAAGGCAGAAGAAGAUCAAUGAAUGGCUGGGCAUAAAGAAUGACGCUGAUGACUCCUACUCGCUGGAGGAAGACGAGGGCUCACCCCACCAUGAUGAGUGUACCUGGUAUGUGGGUGACAUCAAACGCACCCAGGCUGAGGAAAUGCUGAGAGGCAAAUGUGACGGAACCUUCCUCAUCCGUGAGAGCCAGUCACAGAAAGGCUCCUACGCCUGUUCUGUAGUUGUGGAGGGUGACACCAAGCACUGUGUCAUCUACAAGACGGUCACAGGUUAUGGAUUCGCUGAGCCCUACAAUCUGUACUCGUCCCUCAAAGACCUGGUGCUCCACUACAAAAACGUCUCCUUGGUCCAACACAACGACCAGCUGAAUGUAAAUCUGGCCUACCCAGUCCUGGCCCGCUCUCAGAACCAGAACCAGCACCCGAGAUGAACUAUCCACCAGCAGUGUAGGACGCCAACCAGGGUGGGGAAACAAAAUUUUCACUCAAACGCAUCGGGGAAAAAGUAAAUGUCCGAACAAUGCUUGUUCAUGUGUUUAAAGUGAUGGGUAAGAUAAACUCAACAGCCACAAUUUAAAAUUCAUACUUUUUUUUGGCUGGAGGCUGGUGCUGAUUCCCACACUGACCCCAGUCCAGCAAAGAGCACUCCUUGCUAACAGCAUGGCUUCAACAUAAGCACACUGCUAGCACUAACUAAACACUGUACAGUUAGCGUGGCUGACACAGCAAGUUUUAUCUGGAGGAGAAAGUCGCAUCAGCCAGCCGUGACUGUACAGUGUCAGUUAUGAAAAAAAGUGUGAGACAUUUACAAGAAAACACCUUUGAUACAGAGAAGGAAAAAAAAAAAAAAAACAGCCAAACUUGUUAAAGGAAGACAAAAUAAGCACACAAAAAAUAUUGUUUUCAAGAUGGUGAAGAGGAAGAGGAGAGACCAGAUGGGAUGAUGGGAAAUUUUACAGGGGGCACUUUUGCUUUUUUUUAUUUUUAUUGUUUUUAUUAUUGCCUUGAACACAUGAUGACUCUCCUUAGACAAAGGCCCGAUCUGUCAUCCCCAGACUGCCUGCAAACUCUCCGUAGACAAAAGCCUGAGCUGUCAUCCACUAAAAGGACUGGCUUGGCUAAACCAGGCUGCUCGCUUCACACCUAAAGGCGGCUGAGAAACCACGGACCUGGGGGGUGUAGUCACUGGACCCUGAGGGGGAGGGGGUAGGGAGGGGGAUUUCUGGGGGUUGAUGUUUUUAGGGGUUUUAAAAAGAUCAAUUCAAUUUAAAGCUUGCUCAAGUGCCAUAGUAAUAGCUUUGAAUGACCAUAAGCCUGUGUCACUAUAACAAGGGGGCACGUCGAGGUUGGAAGAAAGAAGAGAAGGAAGGAGGGAGUGAACAACAUUGACUGUGCUACAGCUUUAAAAAGAAAAAAAAAAAACACACAUAUAGGUAUAUUUUUUAUGAAAUGAUCUUUAUUUCCAACUGCUUUGGCUUGUUGCUCUCUCUCAGUGGGCCUCAUUCUGAAUUGACGAGGUACAACAUCCAGUAAAUACUGUAUUACAGGAUAGAAAUGCAUGGUACAUAAUUGGUACAUUGUGAAUACAGAAAUACUUGUUAAUCACAAUACACUAGAUGGAAAGGUACAUUGAUGAAUGCAGUUCCACAUGAUCCAGGUUUCCUUCUAAAUGGAAAGACUCCUGCAUCAAACGUCUCUUUGUUUCAAACUUCUUCCUUCUUUUUUCAUCCUCUUUAAUACUGUAGCACCUGUAGCCAUUGACUUAAGGCAUAACUGUUAGUGCUCCUCUCAUGUGUCUUGUUUCUAUAUGCUAAAGACACUCACAGAGCAUCAAUCUAUGUGAUUAUUGUAUCUUCGGUACUGUAUUUGCUUUGUCUCUAGUUAGAUUAGACUGAUUUAGCAGUACAAUGUCCUUGCAAAUGUUUAUUGUUGUUGUUUUGUUUUUUUUGUUGUUUUUUUUUUUAAUGCAGAUUUACUCACGGUAUUUCCUUCCCCCUUGCGCUUGACUGUUCAUUUCAACACAAGCUUGACUCACAGAGCUGUAAAACAUUGAUGUACAAAAAAAAAAAAGAAAGCAGUAAUAUAACUCAUGUACAGUAUAUUUCAGACACACAUGCAGUCAGUGUAUGUGACUUUAUACAGUUUAAUCGCUGUGUUUCUUUAUGUUUUCAGAAUAUUUGCUAUGCUCUUAGAUUCUGUUAAAGGAUGUACACAGUAUCCAGCUAAUGUGAGCCAAAUGAAGGAUGUCUUUUCAUGUAGCAAGAAAGAGAAAAAAAGAACCAGUCCUUUUGCCAUUUAGCAUGGCCUCUGUGGUCAGAGAGAUUAUCUAGUACAGUGUGCAUGGAGUCCUUCGUUUGGGUUGUGUUUUUUAUUUUUAUUUUUUUUACUUGGCACCAGUGGUUGAUAAUUGUGCUUUUUGUAGUGCAUAUACAGUAUGGUGUGUGUUGAUUAUAGUAGUACUAUGAUAUUGUAGUACUAAGCACAACAUAGUGGGAUGUUGAUAGUAAGUUUUAGAUUUACAGACAGUUCUCACAUCAGUUCCCUCCUGUUGUUCUGUGCUGUGGCAGUAAAUUUCUCUCAUGUUCAUUCGGCUUGAGGUGAAGAUUGUACCACCUCUGUUCAAAGCACAGUUCACUUGUGUGAAGGCAGGGUUACUCAGUUAUUACUGAGUGGUUAAUGAUAACAGGCGUCACAUGAUGUUACUUUUAAAGUUGAUAUACAUAGAUGAAUUCUUGAGAUAAUAAUCUUUCAAAUUUCUCACACAUAGUAGACUCUGAUUGCCAAAAAGAGAAAAGGUAUUUUUGUGGAAAGGUAGAGAGGAGUCAAAAUCCAUUGGCAGUAGAAAGUUUUAGAAAAAAUGCAAUGCUUUUGAACGUUAAACAUUUAGCAUUUUGGGUUUAUUUUUUACUUUUGUUGAGGAGGGAUAGAAAUUAAAGUUUUGUUCCUAAUGAGAUAUUCACUUACUCUGUCAUGAAAGUCGAUUAUUACUUAAUAUUAAACUUUUUCAUCCGUAGACAGAUUCACAAACUUCAGGUAGCAGACCAAUCCCAUUUUCAACCUGAAAAUUUAAAAUCAAGACAUCUUUUUGAUUUGAGUCAGGACGAAUCAGUUGUACUGUACUUUGCACAAUUCUUGGCAAAUAGAAAUCCCAGGAAUUUAAACUAGAGGUGACAGCGGUGCUUUUGAUUAGAGGGCUAUAAAAACACGUGAGUGAGAAAGAUUAGAAGUGCCUUUAGUCAUUGUGAUGAGCUUGUUUUCUCCUUGUUAUCACUGGAGCGUUGCUCCACAAGAUGGUGCCACCACCACCACAUGCUGUGCCCUAUGGUUCACACAUUUGCCAUUUGUCUAAAACUUAAGGGUAUCUGGCAGAUGAGCAUGGUCGUCGUCGUGUGUGUGAUUGUGUGUGUGUGUGUAUGUGUGUUUGUGUAUGUGUGUUUGUGUGUGUGUUAGAGCAAACCUGAGCAUGUUAUAGAUAAGAGAGUGACGGAUUUUAGUUGUGCCUCUUUGUCGUUACAUCUGUAAUUGUUACAUAUUCCUUCUUUCUAUAGUGGGGGCUGUACAGUAGCUUGGUGCUCACGGUGCACCCAAGCUAGCUUUCUUUGGUGUUUUUUUUUUUUUUUAAUUUGUCUGGUAUAUUUUUGAAUAAAACUCAGAUAAGAUAGAAAUGUGAACCGUACACAUCCGUGGCCCAGCCCAGUUGUUUGAAGCUCAUUUGAUAAGCUCUCAAGUUAUUGCAUGCAACAUUUCUCAGUAUUUUGUAUUAAGAGUCAGUUCCUUUGUCAACGGGCGUUCUGGUUGAGUCAUCCGCCACUGCUGACACAUCCAUUAUCCAGUUUGUUGGACCAACACUUUUGUGACUGCACUUUUUUUUCUGUUCCACACACUCAGAGUAGUGUGCCUAACGCCCAACAACCAUAAACUAACAGACAGUGUGAAGCUCAGUUGUCAAUAGUGUUUUUAGUUGAUAGUUUUAAGGUCUUUCCAUACCGUAUAUCAGGAGUGAUUGACGUUUUUCUUUAUGAUAUCAGAGUAUACAGUGUACAGUAUAUGCUUUUGUUGUUUUGUGGUCAACAGCUGUCAUGUAAUUCUGAUGCUUUUGACUGAUUGCAAUGUUUUUACUUUAACUAUAUGGACUGUAAAAACUCUGUAAUAUUUUAAACCGACUUUAUGGAGAGCCUCUGGCUCAUUAUGCAAUUUUGUGUCCACUCAGCAAACUUGUGCAACUUAACAAGACAAAUAACAUAAAUUUUCUUAAAUGGUCAGUUCAUCUAAAUUACAGAAACACAUCUUUUCACUUAGUCUUAGUGGUAUGUGAACAUGCAGAUACUUUCAGUUUCAUUAGAUUUUGAGAUUAUUUUUUUUUUGCAGUUUCUUUCAGCUGAAGAAAUCAUCCUUGGAAAAAGGUUCACAGUGAGGUCUGUGGAUUAUCCAGAGUAACUAAGAUAUUGUGUUGCUCUUGACUAUUUGAAAUGUAGUUUUUGGGCUUUUGCCAGCAGAAAGAAAGUUCUGUUCACCUCCAUUGUACUCUAUGUGGUGGCAGAAAAUCAACAUCUCAAAACCUCAGCACAAGGAAGUGAAACUAAAUGAUGGCAAGAUGCUACAAGGACUAAGUGAAAAUUAUGUUUUCUGUUUUUUUAGGGGGAUUUGGUUAGCCAUUAAAAAUGUGUCUGGGAAAAUCCUGCCAAUUAAGCAAGGUGGUUUCCGUUUAUUCCACAACAGGUCCACUUGUUUCAGAGAAGUUCAUGACCCAGGCAGAUCUGCUUCAGAUUUAAAAGAUUUUAGUUCCUUAAAAAAGAAUAUAAAAGUAUAACUGAAUAUUUUACUACAUCACUUGUUAAGAUGAACAUUUUUGCAGUGAACUUAAACACUUUCAUCUGCCAUAUAUGCCAUGUUAAUCACAGAUGUUUAAUAGCUAGAAGCAAUGCAACUUCAGUAGCAAUGAAACCUGGUCACUCAGUGCGACGGGCAUGAAACGGGCAGAAGAUGAAAAUGUUUUGAGCUUUGACUUAGAGGUGAGACUUCGGUCCCACUUCAGCUUUCAUCCCGCUCAUCUCUUAGAUAUGCAUUUGUGUCGGAGCUUCUUGAAAAGCAUUUUUCUAUAAGACAAGUGAUCAUUCAAGGAAUGAAAUAUUUUUUCAUCAGCUUUGGUACACUGUAAAUGAUCUUUCUUGAAAUGGCCUCAUACACAAAGCACAUCUUUCACUGACUACAAGGAACACAUAUAUUUGGUGUCUAUUAAGGUUUGAAGAAUGAGAGACAUAAUAGAGAAUAAAUAUUUUGAAAUAUAUUCUUAGAUAUCUAUAUUUUUGGAUUAUGUAAUUCUGAUUUGGAUUGUGCUUGAAACAAAUCAGAAAGAGGCUUUGAUGUGAACAUGAUCUUUAGACUUGCUCCACGGGUGCUUUGUAUUCGAGCAGUUAUUGAAACGCAAGCAUUUUUACUAAUCAGCUGCAGUGAGCUUCAUCAUGAUCAGCAAGUUGAUCGACAUACAUGUAAUCUAUUAAGCAUGAUUAUCAGGUGCGUUCAGAGGAUGAAGCAAGCUCAUGUACAUGUGUUAAUAUUUACAGAGCUAAGUCUAUAUGUUAAAUGCAGUCUUGGCUGCUUUGCAUUUAUUAAAUAUUAGAGAAGAGUUUUUUUUUUUUGUUUUUUUUGUUUUUUAUGAACAUGAGAAUCUGUUAUGUCAUAUGGAAGAUUCUGUUUUUUGUGAGUAGAUGCAGUGUUAAAAGUUGCACCACAAAAGAGACACUUGGAUGCUGCUACAGAGGUCAACCACAGAUUAGACGCUGAUGCUGUAAAAGUGAACUGUAAAAGUUACCACUGUAUCUUCCUCUGGUUGAUCUCUGUGGUCGCUGAAUGGGAAGUCAAAGUAAAACCUGUUGAUCGGAUAGAGAAAAGGUACAUGAUUCAGCGGUUCAUGAUCACUCCUUUACACAGAUCUUUGUACAUGUAACAAUGAUGGCAUUAGAAAGUGUUCUUUUAUGGUGCCUGAGUAUAUAUAUUUUUUUUUUUUAUUUGGCUUUUUAAAAAAGCUGAUAGAUUUGUCUGUCCAAGUGUUGGUUCUUUUUUUUGUUUGUUUGUUUAUAUCUGUUAAUGAUAACCUUACAGAGCCUAUAAAGAAAAAAAUAAGCUAGCUUGAAUAUUUUUCCUCCAUACAGAAAAAAAAAUACAAAUGUUUACAAUAUGUAAUUAACCAAAUGGUAAAUAUGCGUUUGAGAAUCAAUCUGUCUGUCCCUCAAAGUGGCUGUGAUAGAUUGAUUUAUAUUUCUUUAUUUCCUCUGUCAUUUUAAACUUGAAAAUGUUAUGAAUGCUUGUUCUGCUUUUUUUUUUCUGUUUCGGUUCGUUCCUCUUUUUUAAUUUUUACUUGUGAGAACAGUGCUCCCUCAAUUUCAUAAUAAUAACUCAACAAUUUAGUUCAACAAGAUUUAUUUGUCCAUAACACAUAGGUAUUCAUCAGUCUGUCAAUCUAUACCUGCUGACUACUUCACCUUACACUGAGCCUUGUAUGUGCAGGACUGAAUCCUAACUUGAGACGCUGUUGCAUCUUUUGCUGUUUAUAUUAUGUACAGUGUGAUAGAUUUGGCUCUGCCAGGUGUCUCUCUGGGAAGGUCUCAGUUCAAAGAAUUUAUAGUGGGUGACACCCACAUGUUGUGAAUAACAGUAAAAAACACGCCACUUGAACAUGCUUGUGUACAAUUUUUGUACAUGACAAAAGUUGGAAAUUCAGGAAUAACUAUCAAGAGGCACCCUGUUCUUGAUUUUGCACUACACAGCAAAUGAUACUCAAAUGAAAAGGUGAAUCAAUUGCUCUAUUGGUUGGUUAACUCAAUUGUAAGACCAAAAAGUAUCCAAUAUAGUCUCAGCUUGUGUGUGUGAUUUCCAUUUAAGAUAAGAUGACGUUAGCAACUGCACUUUCAUUUCUCCUUUUUCUGCCUGUAUCCAACCAAUGAAAGUUUGCCUUGUGUUUGAUUCAAUCUGACGUGAAUGUUGUAGUAUUUUUCACUGGUGUACAGUAGUUCGUAUUCAAGACCCAACUCUGAACGGUAGAAGUUUGGCAGUGAUCCAUUUGGCAACGGCCUCUGAGAAGUUACAGAGCAGCAACAAUUUUAACCCUACAACACCAGUCGCUCUUUAUUGUUGAUCCACAAGUUGCCCAGUGUAUCACUGCCUCAGCAGCAGCAACAGAUAUAUGGUUCUUAGUUAAUAAUGAUGUGAUGUUCUCUUUCUUUCAAAAACGGUGACUGGUAAUGAAGAGGGCAGUCCGAUAAAGCUACUCUACACCAAAGUGCAAUUGAACUCAGAGGGAGCACUGUUGUUUCAGCCAGCUGAGGCCUACUGGUUGUUGUGUGCCCAACCCCUAUGCACGAAAAGAUGGUUAUUCUUCUUCUCUUGUGUUAUCCUCCCUCCGUUGGUCUGUCUUAACUCAGAUGCGACGUUUCUUUCUUUCUCUCUCGUGUACAGCUUGCUUCAGAGAUGUGUUUGUCCUCAGACAGGUACUCUUUCAUCUGUACGGUUCUUUCUUUAGGCUGAUGCAAUGAUUCUAAAAGACAAUAAAAGAUAUAUAAAACAAA